GACACCAUCCUAAGGAACAUCCAGCGUUGGAAGAAACUACUCCUUUUUUCUCGAUACAAAACCACUUUUAAAAGUGAAAAUGUCUGAAAGGCUGAAGUCAAUAAGAGAGCGGUCCUACCAGCGGAGAAAAAUCCUUGCCCAGCAGCUUGGAGCCAAAGAUGCAGACAACCUAUCCUCCGUGCUAAACAGCAAAGAAGAUCAUCAGAAGAUUGUACAGGCCUCGGCAAGUUCAGUCUCUGACAGGGUUGGUGGGUCUGCACCACCGCCAAUCAAGAGAAGGGCGAUAGGCGAGGGUGAAACUCCUACGAGUUUGGACAGGAGAAAAUCAACCGAGGAUGGAGAGGAAGCUGGAGAGAAGGUUCUUCGAGAUGAAGUUUACAAAGACUCUUCCACUUUUCUAAAGGGUACUCAAAGUGCAAACCCUCAUAAUGACUACUGUCAGCAUUUUGUGGAUACCGGACAACGGCCGCAGAAUUUCAUCAGAGAUGUUGGCCUUGCUGAUCGAUUUGAGGAGUACCCUAAGUUGAAAGAGCUCAUCCGACUCAAAGAUGAACUGAUAGCACAGACUAACAUUCCACCCAUGUACUUGCAAUGUGACUUAGAGAACUUUGAGCUUUCCGAGUUGGACAACGUCUUUGACUGCAUCCACGUGGCCCCACCGUUGGAGGAGUACAGGCAUCGACCUGGAGUGCUCACUAACCAAAAGUUCUGGAGCUGGGAUGAUAUAAUGAGAAUAGAUAUACCAUCUAUAUCAUCAUUCCGGUCCUUUAUCUUUCUCUGGGUUGGUUCUUCAGAUGGACUUGAAAGAGGGAGAGAGUGUUUGAAAGAAUGGGGCUUCAGAAGAUCAGAAGAUAUCUGCUGGAUCAAGACCAACAGUAAGAACCCUGGCAACAUCAGCCUGGAACCUGGUGCUAUCCUACAAAGAACCAAAGAACACUGCCUUAUGGGGAUAAAGGGGACAGUGCGCCGGUCCACCGACGGGGAUUUCAUCCACGCUAACAUUGAUCUGGACGUCAUCAUCACCGAAGAACCAGAGACCGGGAGUCUCGAAAAGCCAGAAGAAAUUUUCCAUCUGAUCGAACACUUCUGUCUUGGGAGGAGACGACUGAACAUCUUUGGCAAUGACCAGACUAUCAGACCAGGCUGGCUGACCAUAGGUCCUCAACUUACCAACAGCAACUUCAACAAGGACACCUUCAAAGGCUACUUCAACAAGAACUCCGAAGACUACCUGACCGGGUGCCCCGACGAGGUGGAGAGGCUGCGCCCCAAGUCCCCCGUCAACAAGAACAACCCCGGCGGGAGAGGAGGCAGAGGAGAGAGAGGAGGUAGGGGCGGGGGUAUGGGGAGAGGGGGAUUCGGAGGGAGGGGCGGAGGGGACCGUGGAGGGAGAGGUGGGCGGGGAGGCUUCGGGGGUAGGGGCAGGGGAGGGCAUAGAGGGGGUUUCGGGCAGAGGGGAGGGUUCUAAUGCAGGAACGGAUAGGUGUAGCCUUGAGCAAAAGGUCAAGAAGUGGUACAGUAUAAGGAAAUCCAUCUCUUGCUCCAAAUGAAGAUUACUAGUGGAGGAUUUCAAGUACGCUUUCAGUUGUUGUUGUAGGUGUUGGAAUCU